AUGGACAAAACCACAAGAUACUUUCACAAUAUAGCCUCAACAAGAAGGCGGAAUAAUAGGAUUGAUACACUAGUAAUCAACGGCAGACAGGUCAAGAAUCAAGCGAGAAUCAAGCUAGUUAUCAGAGAAUUCUACAAGGAUUUAUAUCAUCAGGAAGCUUCUCUUAUGAUGGGAUUCAGAGAUGGUUUGGUGGGCAAGAUAGAGGAGGCAGAUGCUAGGACUUUAGAGGAGCUGUCGUCGGCUGAAGAGAUCAGAGUGGCUAUGUGGGACUGUGAGUCUUCUAAAGCGCCAAGUUGUGAUGGGUACAACAUGAAUUUCAUCAAGAGGUACUGGGGUGAGCUUGGGCCUGAGUUCACGACAAUAGUGAUGGGAUUCUUCCAGACAUCAAGAUUACUGGCAGAUACCAAUAUCACUUGGGUGGCGCUAGCACCCAAGUUCGUUGGUGCGAAGGAGAUCAAAGAUUUACGACUUAUGAGUAUGGUGGGGUGUAUUUACAAGGUGAUCUCGAAGGUACUAGUCAGCAGGAUGAGGGCAGUAAUGCCGGGAUUAGUAGAGGAGACUCAGAGUGCGUUUGUCAAAGGGAGGAAAAUACAUGAUGGGGCACUUAUUGCGUGUGAAACAGUAAACUGA